AUGGCUGUCUCGCCAACCGCCAACUCUUCCGUCCAGAUGUUGAAGGAAGAGGUUUAUGCGGAACUGAGAGCCAUCGACCUUCCGUUCACAAUCAUCGACGUCGGCUGGUGGUACCACGGAUUUAUCCCUCAACUGGCUUCCGGGCGGACUGACUAUACCGUUGUGUUGCCUGAGUUCCUACGAAAUUUAGUUCCUGGUGACGGAAACAUGCCGACGCACGUUGUGGAUUGUGCGGAUAUUGGAAAACUCAUUCCUCGCAUCAUUGUGGACUCAAGAACCAUCAACCAACAGGUCAUGGCCUCCUCAGCAACGAUGUCUUUCAACGAGAUGUUCACCCUAGCCGAAGAGCUUUCGAAGGAGAAGGUCGUGAAGAAAGUGAUGGAGACAAUAGUCCGGAGGGCGUCAGUCGCCUAG